UCAGCAUGUCAUCCACAGAUUCUCCCCUCAAAGGGAAAUCCGCCUCUAGACCGAGAGGGCGUUACACAAGCAAGGCGUGUGAGGAAUGUCGACAACGAAAAGCGAAGUGUGAUGGAAAGAAACCUCGCUGUUCGAGAUGUGCUCAGUAUGAUGCGCAAUGUCAAUACUCUGGUACAGAAGAUGGCCGUCGGCCUGCGCCAAAGUCCUACGUGCUUCUUCUGCGGCAGCGGAUCGCAUUUCUCGAGAAGCAACUGGAAAGUCAUGGCAUUGAUCCUCGGAUGAGCCAUGCCUCAGAAGCCAUUGAUGCGGGAUCUCCUCAUGAGCGGGAUAAUCUUCAGAUGUUCAACAUGAAGAGUGCAUCAAUAGAGGAAUUAUGUGAUUACCUUAAAGGCCGUUUGUCCUUAGAUGAGUCCAUGAACUUCGACCAGGACGGGGAGAUGAGGUACUUUGGACCUACCAGCGGACGGCUCAAGUUCAAAUCCCCGGGGCCGGAGGAGAAAGAGGAACUCAUCGAUGAGUAUCUCAAUUUCCCCCUUGUGGACCCUGCCUUUGAGGAAAUAGGCAUUUCGAAAGCGCUCCAGGACGAGCUCAUUGAUCUCUACUUUGCUUGGGAGCAACCGUGGUACCCCAUCGUCGACGAAACUCUCUUUCGCGAAAGUAUGGAGAAGCAGGGCCCGUAUUGGAGUUUGCUCCUCCAUUACUCCAUCCUUGCGCUUGGAUCCCGUUAUUCAGAUAAUCCAGAAGUUCGGAGUAAUCCUAGCGACUCUAAUACAGCCGGAUUACCUUUUUUUGAAAAGGCCAAGACCCUUCUAUAUCAGGAGAUGGAGCAUCCGACAUUCUUGACGAUUCAAGCUCUGGGCGUCAUCGGAAUGGUCUACGUCGCCAUAGGCUUGGAUGCAGCUGGAUGGCUGCAUCACGGAAUGGCCAAUCGAUUGAGCCUUGAUAUCGGGCUAAAUAUGGAUCCCGCGGUCUUUGAAGAGACAGUACAAAUGACUGCCCGAGAACUUCGACUCAGACGACAAGUUUAUUGGACGCUGUACUGUCAUGAUAAGAUGUCUUCCACGUAUACGGGUCGGGCCUGCUCGAUGCUCGAUCAACAAGGAGCAGUUGAGCUGCCGUCAGUAAUGGAUGAAGAUUACCAUACUGAUGGCCGCACACCGGAAAACAUCCAAAGGGCACGAAUACCUCUACUGAGAGCCAUGAUAGCUUUGUGCCGGAUAAAAGAAAGAAUACUCGUAUCACUAUGGGCUCCGAAGCAUCUGACGAAACCACCGGAACGACUGAACCUCCUACGAAGUUGCCUCUUGGACCUGCGGACAUGGUUUUACGACCUACCACAGGAGCUUCGAAUCGACCGCUUCAAUGAUGUCCCCCACAUCUACACGUUACAUAUGUUAUACCAUACCGCACGAAUCCUCCUCACCCGGCCUUUUAUAGUCCACUCGGCCGAGCAUCAGCGCGCAGCAGGGUCGAGCGAACUCAUGACCGUGGCCAAAGCUGUCUGGCGCGAGUCCGCCAAGGCGAUGUGUCUUACAGCUCAGAAAUACCGCCGUGCUUUCCAGAGCUUUCACCGCAGUCCGAUUUCUGCCAUGCAUUGCACGCUCUCUGCUGCGGUGGCGCUGCUGGAAGAUCACGAGAGCCCCUCCAAUGCCACCCACCUCGCUAGUUGCAUUACUGUGCUGGACGAACUGUCGACGUCCUGGCAUCCAGCUCUCUUCAUCAGAAACAACCUGCGCCGACUGUGUCCAUCAAUAUCCAUCCAGGUGACGCCAGGAUCUGAAAACAGCUCGGAUGAUAAGUUCGAGAGCCAGGACCUCGGCGCUAGGCCUGAUCUGCCAGACCCUUCCACCUAUCGGGCUGACGCCGGAUGGCAGACAAGCAGCGGUGGUGGUCUGGCCCCGUGGAGUCACCUGCCCGGUGAUUACGGACUGUUCGAUUUACUUAACCAUACAACCUGGGAUCGACCUGUGUAAAAGCUUAAUAUAUCCUAUUUAUAGCCAAUCAUUGUCUCACCCACAGUUUCUUCUACAAUGGAGGCUGAAGCUCGUUGAAUCACGAGACU